AUGACAGCGUCAACACCCGCCUCCAUGAAGCAGGGGUGUCGACGUCCUCCCCCGCCUUCCGCUCCCGCCAUACCCUUGGACAUGCGCGAAAAGCGCUGCUCAUACGGAUGGAAGGUCGUCGUGAACAUGAAGACGUACCGCAGUCAGCAUCCCGAAGAUGGCGCACCGCUUGAUGUUCGCGACUACUAUGAGGAUGAAGCUCAAGGGGCGGGAAUGGAGCGCGGCGUCCACAUCCUUCUGAGCACCUACGACACGGAAACGACAGACCUCACGAUGAUCAUCUGGCUCGCUCGCAAUUUUGUAUCUAUCCACACCGACAGGCUUUUGGGCCGUACGAUACCUGAGCAGAUACCUACUGAAGACCUGAUCACCAAAUUUUGUCGUCGAGUGGGGUUUGGAGAGCCGGAGUGGUUCACCGUGUAG